GAUAAAUACACACCAUACAGGUAGGAGAAGGGAUGAUGGUCGUGCAGAGAGGCGCUCUGAUAGGUGCGGUAUGGUAUACCCAGGGUUCGAAGAUGUUGACACGCGGACAGGCAAGAAGACUUGGGAUGGACACCCUCCCAAACCCUUCGACAUCAAGUCGCAACGAACGCCAUGACCGAGUAUGUUGAUUUGGACGAGGUAUUUCAUUUGCAAUGGCAUUCUCAAGACACCUCACAUGUUCAUUCACAACCCCCUGGCACCGCCACGCCCUGCGGAGAGGCUUCGACCCCUUCCCCCCUCUUUCCCGAGCCUCUCCCUCGCAAGCGAGCCCACGAAACCGCCGAGGCAUCGAGUCAAUGCCCCCCUGCCUAUCGAGAGAACUGGUCCAUUGUUGGAAGAGGAGGAUUCGGACCCGGACGAGCCGGAUGAUGGAGACAGAUUCCACUAUUCGAUCGAGAGGAAGGUGAGACUGAACGGCAAGGCCGAUGCUAACCAGUCCGACCCCAACGUGGUCGUUUCUUUCGACUGGAGGCUAGUCUUGCAUGACCGGCUUGAGCAAGUCGUCCGGCGGCGGUUCGCGAAGAAUCGACGACGACGGCACGAGCACACCGCGGUGGUGGUCUCCGUCACGGAGCGUUCGCAGCGAGACCUCUCCAAAGAAUACGAGGGCACUGAGAUGGACUGGGCCGUGGCGAAUAAGCAACUACUUGAUGGGAGUUCACAUUUUCAGAGGGGCAAGAAACUCCGGGUCAACCUCUCGUUCCAUUUUCUGCGCAGUCGGCAGGCCGGUCAGCCAGAAGAGGCGAGAAGAAGGAACGCAAAUCAGCCAGUAGUGGCGUGCUAGCGUAGCGGGACCGAGAGAUCGCGGCCGCAGAAGAAGAAACGGGAGGGCCGCCCAUCUAGCCCGACGGGUAUGCAUUCAUGCGCUGUCCGACGUUCUGUGAGUCGGGCCGGUACUGUUGGCUUGACUCGGAAGGGAACCACCACCGAAUGAAGCCGGAGAAUUUCAAGCGACUCGAAGAGCACGUCACCCGACACGGACUGCUGUCCACGCACAGCGACAUGCCUUUGGACCUCCAACGACAAUUAGUUGCCGAUCGGCAGGGACACGACGCACGAGGAAAGAAGCAGAUGUCAAACUCUGAGCGAAUUUUCGUUGUAUCGAUUAAGGAAAUGACGAAGCCAAUCGUCUCUGCCAGCUUUUCCAGCAGGAUAAGAUAGAAAGAAUCUCGGGAACCAGGAUUACAGUAUCUGGCUCCACCCAAAACGAAAUUAUAAGUCUUCAAAAUCGCGUCGCGAUCGAAGCCAGAAUCUGCAAGCCGAUGCUC